GUGAUUAGAGAGUAGCUGAGGACAGAUUAUGGAAGCGCUGAACUUUUAGUAGUUUAAACUCUGUUUUGGUGAGAUGAUCCAUAAUGCUGGUCUCUGUGCGGAGUCUGUCUUCUCUUCUUCUCAGAGGUCUCCAGCCUUCUCUGAACCUCCGUCCACUGUACUGCACAUGCUGUCGCCGGGCGGCUCAGAUCCCAGCUGCAGGAUGGGAGGUGAUCAGUACUGUGUCUCCAGAGCCUAGUAGCGAAGUUAGACCACUGGACUCCUUCUACACCCCCGAGCAGCGGCUGGCCAUCCUGAGACUCCUAAACACAGGGUCAGAGACUGACCUCGCUGAGGUCAAGCUGCUCAGAGGACGAAAACUGAACAGUAUAUUAGAGUACAGGAGCAAGAAUGGACAGUUUGAAGAUUUGGAGAGUGUAGUGAAUGUGCCUCUGCUGAAGCACAAGAGCGCGGUCAUCGUCUUUAACUCCAUCCUCAACCCGAGGGAACGGAAAGAGAAGAAAAAUGAGAAGGUCCAGUUUGAAAAGUUUAUCAGACCACCAGUGGAAAAGAUUCACUUAGAGGCAGCGACUUCAAUCGUCUCCAUUGUGUGUGGCACAAAUAGAAUAGCUUGGACACACAUGGACCAGGCACAGACUGUUCUCCACUGGACGCAGGUGGAGUGUCCCAGUUUCAUGAACGGGACUUACAUGGCAUCGAAUUAUCUAGAAGAUAUUUCUGCUGUAGUGUCAAACCUGCCUGCUGCUGACCUGUUUGUGGUGGAAAAGCCUGGUGUGUCCCUCCAAAACCCAACGCUCUUCUCGGUCAUUGCUCACCUGCAGACAGUGGAGGCCAUGCUGUUCGCUCUGCUUAGCCCUCCACUACAGCCAGGUUCUGCCCCAAAGGUUUUAAACAUGAUGCGCCCCACAGUGGGGCGUCACUUCAAUCUGAUGGUGGGCGACAGUCGGGUGAGCGGUGCUAGGACUGUCAUGCAGCUGAUGACCGAGUCGAUGACGAAGAAGUGUCCCCGGGUGACGUUCCCCAAAGAGCUGCUGAUAAAGUAUAAGGAAGCGUUCCACAUGAGCAGCAGGAACAAGGCAAAUGAGAUGUGUGAUGCACUGCUGCAGGCCGUGGCUUUCUUUGAACUGCUUAAAGGCCGAAAGACAGAAUAACAGGAUGAAACUUCUGUCCACUGUGCAACAAAUACAAGAAAAAACUACAGAUACACUUAAGAAAGAAAGACUGUGACAGCAUUUUCUUCAAUAAACACAAACCUUUUCCCACAAAUAACUAUUUGUUUUUAGCAGGCAACACCUCAGGCUGAUGGUCUUCCUAACUGUUAAUGUAAUGUAUUUAAUUUAUGUAACUAACCUUGUACAUAAAUUACACAGAUUGCAUCCAAUAAAACACUUUAUAUUUA